UGUAAAGAUUCGAGUGUUACUUAUACUCUCAUUACCUAAAUAUAAUUAAUUGAAACUAUUUCAGGCGUUGAUUUAGUAUAAAUAAAUACGAGACCUUCGAAUUCUACGAAGUCGGUUGGAUUAGUAAUGACGUGAAGUUUUACGGAGAGUCUCGCGUCGCACGGUAGCACGUACUCGUUAUUACUUUGGGUCGAACUUCUAGCCGGAUGUACAUGUUAUCAAUAAUCCCCAUCAAUAGCACGAAAGCGAAAACAAAUGGUCGUAAUUGCUCCCCAAGCAUCGCACAGUAAUGAUGUAUUCCCAAAAUCACGUACAACGUCGGAUGGCGAAGUAUUUCUGCUUCUGUUGUGGAAGAACUUCCUGUUGCACUGGCGAAGCAAGGUAUCAUCCGUGGUGGAAAUUUUCAUUCCACCCAUUUUCAUGCUUUUGCUCGUUGGAUUGCGCAGCCUAACAGAAGUGCAGGUCAACGAGCAGGAGUCGAUCUACGAGCCCUUGGACGUGACCAAUUUCACCGGAAUAAGGAACAACCUGGUGGUUCCCUUCGCGCCCAUUAUAGCAUUCUCGCCGGAUGUGGAUUUCAUUCACGAUCUAAUGAGCCCCGUAUCCCAACGGAUGAAUUUGCAGCUGAAAGGAUUCAACUGCUCCAACGAAAUGCAAACUUUCCUCAUGGCUUCAAACUGCUUCGUUGGGGUGCAAUUUGAUGAACGCUACGCCGAGAUGACCGAUUUGCCAGAACAAUUGAAUUACACGUUGCGCUUUCCUGGAGAACUUCGAGCACAGUUCGGAAUAGUACACACGUGGUUAACGGAUACAAGCUUCGCCUCACCAGCCGAUGGAGGAGGUCGGUUCUACAGAUACGACGAUGGUGGUCCAAGUCCGGGAUAUUUCCGCGAAGGGUUUCUCAGUAUUCAACACUUCAUCUUCAUGUCAUUUGCUGAGAAAGCCAACAAACUCGGUACUAUACCAGAGGUUAUCGUGCAGCGGCUUCCGUAUCCGGCAUUUCUGGAGGAUAGCUUUUCUUCCAGUUUGAGGACGUUCCUGCCAAUUUCAACAAUGCUGGCUUUUAUCUAUCCGUGCAUAAGUAUUGUGAAAUCAAUUCUCUUUGAGAAGGAGAAGCAGAUAAAGGAAGCGAUGAAGAUUAUGGGAUUAAAAAAUUGGAUUUUGUGGAUUUCGUGGUUUGUGAAGUGUUUGUUUUUUAUGACGCUCUCCGUGUCAUUAGUGGUGUUGUUCCUCAAAGUGCAGUGGUAUGAUGCAUCUCAAGUUUCCGUGCUGACAUUCUCACACUGGACUGUGAUUUGGUUGUUCUUUUUCGUGUACGGUAUCGCUAUCAUCACGUUUUCGUUUAUGUUGAGUGCGUUUUUCACGAAAGCUAAUUCUGGUGGAGCAGUUGCUGCCGUCAUCUGGUUUCUUGCAUUUGCACCAUACACAAUUAUGGAUCAGGAUUACAGCAAAUAUGAACCAUCUGAGAAGCUAGCGGCAUCGCUGUCGUUUAACUCAGGAAUUGGGUUCGGUCUACGGCUGGUCGCCCUGUACGAAAGAACUUCUGAAGGGAUGCAGUGGUCCAGUUUAUUCCACAAGAGUGAAGUAGAUGAUAUUAAUCUAGGAUCGAUUAUGCUAGUGCUUUUGGCGGAUGCUGUUUUAUACAUGUUGAUUGCGCUUUAUGUUGAGCAAGUGUUCCCGGGUGAUUUUGGAUUAGCCGAGCCUUGGUAUUAUCCCUUCACGAAGCGAUACUGGUUUGGAGAUUCGUCUAAGUCAGAUUUAUCCGACAAUGUACAAGAAUGCUCGAGAGCAAAUAUAGAGGACGAACCAAAAGAACUUCCAGCUCGAAUUGAAAUCAAAGCUUUGCGGAAAGUGUACUCAAACAAAAAGGUAGCCGUCGAGGCGUUGAGCUUCAACAUGUUCGAGGGUCAAAUAACGGCUCUGUUGGGACAUAAUGGAGCUGGCAAAACCACUACGAUGUCCCUGUUGACGGGCAUGAAACGCCCAACCUCCGGAACGGCUCUAAUCUGGGGUAACGAUAUCCGGUGCGAUAUGAAAAAGAUAAGACAUUCGUUGGGUUACUGCCCGCAGCAUAAUAUUCUGUUUGACCGAUUGACGGUCGCGGAGCAUUUAUACUUUUAUAGCAGAUUGAAAGGACUUUCCCGGGUUCAGGCGAAGUGUGAGAUCAACAAAUACGUCAACGCACUGGAGCUUGUGGAUAAGGCGAAUGUAAUUUCUGUGAGUCUGUCAGGUGGUAUGCAGAGGAAGCUGUGCGUUGCAAUCGCAUUAUGUGCAGGAUCCAAAGUAGUAAUUUGUGAUGAACCCUCAUCGGGUAUGGAUCCGACGGCUAGAAGAGCUUUGUGGGAGCUGUUGAUUGCUGAGAAAAGCCGAAGAACACUUAUUCUUUCAACACACUUUAUGGACGAAGCCGAUAUGCUCGGGGAUCGCAUCGCCAUCAUGGCCGAGGGUAAAUUGAGAGCAGUGGGGUCUUCAUACUUUUUAAAGAAAAAGUUUGGUGUUGGGUACAGACUGAUAUGUGUUAAAACAUCACAGUGUGAUGCGGAAGCCGUCACCGAUCUUCUUCGGAAAUAUAUUGCCGAUAUUAUGGUGGAAACUAAUGUCGGUUCGGAAUUGUCAUACCUUCUGCAUGAGGAUUACGCUCACCGUUUCGAACCUAUGUUAGCAGAAUUGGAAAAUAAUUUGCAUAGCUUGAACAUUCUUGAUUUCGGAAUUUCGCUAACAACUUUAGAGGAAGUGUUCAUGAAAGUAGGUUCAGAUUCGAUGGCUAUGAGUGAUGCUGUGAGCGUUGAUAGCAUUGCAACGACAUCGACAGAUCUCGAGUCGAUUUGCAGUGAAGAUGAUUACGAACUUCUGGAGGGUUUUAGGUUAUUCCUUUGUCAGCUCCAAGCACUGUUUCUCAAAAAGAUUUAUCAAGCAUAUAGAAAUUGGUUCCUUUUCAUCAUGCAGAUAGCCAUCCCGAUUUUAUUUGUCUCCGUUACUAUAGUUGUUGUGCGAGCAUGGGUUGGCUCUAGGGAUAUGCCAGCAAGGGUGCUAUCUAUGACGGGAUACAACCCAUCCAUUACACUCGUGCAAACUGAUCCAGAGGAAGAAAUGUCUUACUUGACAAAAAGUGUGCUUAACAACUUUUUAAACUAUUUUGGCCAAACAGAAAGUCGUCAUAUAAACAUAACUCAGGAUAAUAUCGCUCAAACGUUUCUUAAUAUUGCAACCGAGCAUCUGGUGAAGGCGAAUAGAAGAUUCAUCAUUGGAGCGAGUAUUCUCGAGGAUAACAUCACAGCCUGGUUCAACAAUGAGGCACUUCAUUCCCCAGCAAUUUCGUUGAAUGUGAUGCAUAACGCAUUGCUUCGCACAUUUGCACUAUCGGAUGAAUACAGGAUUGAUGUCACAAACCAUCCACUUCCGUAUAAGGCUGAGACGAAGAUUCAGCUAAGCCGGGCGCACAACAACUUGGGGUUUCAACUGGCUUACAAUACCGGCUUUGGAAUGGCUUUCGUGUCGGGAUUUUACGUAAUAUUCUACAUCCGCGAGCGUGUUACCAAAGCUAAGCUGCUGCAACAUGUCAGUGGGGUUGGACGUCUUUUCUACUGGUUCACCGGAUUCAUCUGGGACUAUUGCACUUAUGCGAUCAUCUGCUUGCUUACCGUGGCUUCCAUAGCCGCCUUUCAGGAACCUGGGUUCAAAACUGCCGAUGAAAUAUUCCGAUUGUAUGCGAUAUUUCUCUUCGUAGGACUACCUGCGCUCCCUUUGACCUAUAUCACAACACUCUUCCACUCCUCACCACCAUCGGCCUUCAUCCGGGUGAGUGUUGCCUUCAUCGUUACCGGAACCGCACUGUUUAUAUUUGUGUUUCUACUCGGAACCGACAUGUUCAAUCUGGAAGUUCUUUCCGAAACACUCUCGACGGUAUUUCUAGUAUUCCCCCAUUUCGUGCUUUGCGAUGCAAUCUCGAAUCUGAGUCGUAUGUCGAUUGUAAUCAGUAUGUGUGGAGCGCCUCGGCCACCGGGUAUUGAGCCAAUGCCGAUUUGUAAGGAAGAUCCGUCCUACUUCCGAUGGGAUCGGCCGGGCAUUGGAAGACACCUCUUCUACAGUUUAGUUAUGAUGGGUGUAUAUUUUGGCGUUCUGUUUUUGCUGGAUUUCCGGGUGUUGAAAGCUUUGAUCCAGGCGGUCAGAGAACGGUAUUACAGGGGGCAGCACAAAAAUGCGGUUUCAGGAGACGAAAUUGAUUCCGAUGUUCGGGAGGAGAAAAAGCGCAUUGAAGCAAUGAGUGACGCAGAGCGAAAAGACACAAACUUGGUGGCACAUCAGAUCACAAAAUAUUACGAUCGGUUCCUAGCCGUUAAUCAUUUAAGUGUGGGAAUAAAUAACUACGAAUGUUUUGGUCUGCUAGGAGCGAAUGGGGCUGGGAAGACAACGACCUUUAAAAUGUUGUCAGGGGACGAAACAAUUUCAUUUGGCAACGCUUGGAUCAAGGGGAACAGUUUGAAGACAAACCUAAAGAAAGUUCAUAAGCACAUCGGCUACUGUCCCCAAUUUGAUGCGUUGAUAGUGGAUUUGACGGGACGGCAAACGUUAAGAUUGUUUGCGUUGAUGCGUGGCGUACCGGGAAAUAAGAUACCUCAUCUAACACUUUUUCUAGCAAAAGAAUUCGGUUUCGUAAAGCAUCUGGACAAGCAAGUGAAAGCGUAUAGUGGGGGUAAUAAGCGAAAGUUAAGUACGGCACUGGCACUGUUGGGCAACCCAUCGGUAAUCUAUUUGGAUGAGCCAACGUCGGGAAUGGACCCCGGUGCGAAAAGGAAUUUGUGGAAUGGCAUCUGUCGGUUGCGGGACAGCGGAAAGACCAUCGUGUUGACUUCCCACAGCAUGGAGGAAUGCGAAGCGCUGUGCACUCGGCUCGCCAUCAUGGUGAAUGGUGAAUUCAAAUGUAUCGGAUCGACGCAGCAUUUGAAGAACAAAUUCUCACAAGGUUUCGUGUUGAUCGUCAAGGCUAGGAAAAGUGAAUCUUCGAAUAAGCCUAAAGAUGGGUCGACUGUACAGCAUUUGGAGCAAAUAAAGCACUUCAUCUCUACUCAAUUCCGGAAGGCACAGUUGAAGGAAGAAUAUCAGGAUAUCGUCACGUAUUACAUAUCAUCAAACAAGUUGAAAUGGUCUACUAUUUUCGGUAUGAUGGAAAAUAGCAAACGUACGCUUAAUGUAGAAGAUUACUCGAUCGGUCAAACUAGCUUAGAGCAAGUAUUUCUUUUUUUCACAAAAUAUCAGAAUGAUAAGUGAAUCGAAUAUUUUUCUGAAAAGUGUUGUUAGUGUAAGUUAAACGAAUAGGUAUCAACCGCGAGUGUGA